AUGAGUGCAUCCAAGGAAAUUCCCAUUCCGGGACCUAGGGGUGUCCCCAUCCUGGGAAACAUCUAUGACAUUGAACCCGAAGUCCCGCUGAACAGCAUUGACUUACUGGCUGAUAAUUAUGGCGAGAUCUUUCGUCUCACCACCCUUGGCAGUCCCCGCGUCUUCAUAAGCUCACAUGAGCUGGUUGACGAGGUUUGCAAUGAAGAGCGAUUCGGUAAAAUUGUCACUCAAGGCCUGAAGGAGAUUCGCAAUGGAACACAUGACGGCCUUUUCACGGCCAACUAUCCUGGCGAGGAGAAUUGGGCGAUCGCGCAUCGCAUCCUCGUGCCCGCAUUUGGUCCCUUGAUGAUCCGCGGCAUGUUCGAUGAUAUGUACGAUAUUGCAACUCAAUUAGUCAUGAAGUGGGCGCGACAAGGUCCAACAACGCCUAUCACAGUGACCGAUGACUUCACACGCCUCACACUAGACACCAUUGCUCUGUGUUCAAUGGGUACCCGUUUCAACUCUUUCUAUCAUGACGACAUGCAUCCAUUCGUCGAGGCGAUGGUGGGUUUGCUUGGAGGCUCGGCCAACCGCGCUCGUCGACCUGCUCUCUUGAAUAACUUGCCUACAAGUGAAAACAGCAAGUACUGGAAUGAUGUGGCAUACUUGCGUAAUUUGUCCCAGGAGCUAGUAGACGCGCGAAAGAACAACCCUGAAGACAAGAAGGAUCUUCUCAAUGCGUUGAUUCUGGGCCGUGACACCCAGACUGGCAAGGGUAUGACUGACGAAUCGAUCGUGGAUAACAUGAUCACUUUUUUGAUUGCUGGUCAUGAAACGACGUCCGGCAUGCUUUCAUUCCUCUUUUACUACCUGCUCAAGACCCCUCAUGCAUACAAAAAGGCCCAAGAAGAGGUUGAUCGUGUCAUUGGCAGAAGCAAGAUUUCAGUGGAGCACAUGUCGAAACUGCCUUAUAUCACAGCUGUCAUGCGUGAGACACUGCGCCUCAAGCCAACUGCCCCUAUGAUUGCAGUUCACGCUCAUCCCGAGAAGAACAAGGAAGACCCCGUCACCCUCGGCGGUGGCAAGUAUGUCUUGCAAAAGGACGAGCCUAUCAUUCUCUUAUUGGGUAAGAUGCAACGCGACCCGAAGGUGUACGGCCCCGACGCAGACGAGUUCCGCCCGGAGAGAAUGCUAGACGAGCACUUUGAGAAGCUGCCAAAGAACGCCUGGAAGCCAUUCGGUAACGGCAUGCGUGGAUGUAUCGGUCGUCCAUUUGCUUGGCAGGAAGCACUCAUUGUUGUCGCAAUCCUGCUUCAAAACUUCAAUUUUCAGAUGGACAACCCCAGCUACGACCUUCGUAUCAAGCAAACACUCACCAUCAAGCCAAAGGACUUCCAGAUCAGAGCCUCCCUUCGCGAGGGCCUUGAUCCGACAAGGUUGAGUUUGGUCCUGAGUGACACUGCCGGUGUGCACAAGGAUGCAGGUGUUGCGGAACGGGAAAGAAAGCCCCAGGCUGCCCCUGCAAAUGGCAAGACGAGACCUAUGCACAUCUUCUACGGUAGUAAUACCGGCACUUGUGAGGCCUUUGCGCGCAGAUUGGCGGAUGAUGCUGUUGGAUAUGGAUUUGCGGCGCAAAUCAGCUCGCUGGACUCAGCAUUGCAGAAUAUUCCCAAGGAAGACCCAGUUGUCUUCAUCAGCGCAUCCUAUGAGGGCCAACCGCCCGAUAACGCGGCUCAUUUCUUUGAAUGGCUGAGCGAGCUCAAGGGUGACAGCCUGACAGGUGUCAACUAUGCAGUAUUUGGGUGCGGUCAUCACGACUGGGCAUCCACAUUCCACCGCAUCCCUAAGGCAGUAAACGAACUUGUUCGUGAAAAUGGUGGAAACCGCCUCUGUGACCUUGGCCUCGCAGAUGCAGCCAACUCAGACAUGUUCACGGACUUCGAUGGCUGGGGCGAGACUGCGUUUUGGCCAGCUAUCGCGGCCAAGUUCGGUGGUGGCCCCGAAAAGACCGUCAAGUCCAAGUCCUCACUGCAAGUCGAAGUGAGCUCGGGUGUACGCGCAUCUACUCUGGGUCUUCAGCUGGAAGAAGGCUUCGUGGUGGAGAACAAGAUCUUGACCAAGGCCGGAGUGCCUACCAAGCGACUUCUUCGAUUCAAGCUGCCAUCCGACAUGACCUACCAGUGUGGUGAUUAUCUCGCAGUCUUGCCUGUGAACCCAAGCACUGUCGUUCGCCGGGCGAUUCGUCGCUUCGACCUGCCCUGGGAUGCUAUCUUGCGAAUCCAAAAGCCUUCGUCUGGCUCAGCUCCGCCAUCGAUUCCUCUAGACACGCCAAUCUCGGCUUUCGAGCUCCUGUCAACAUACGUCGAACUCUCCCAACCGGCUUCUAAGCGCGAUCUGAAACUCUUGGCCGAAGCAUCUAUCGAAGACGCCGAGGUCCAGGCUGAGUUGCAAUACAUCGCUUCUAGCCCCAGUCGAUUCACAGCCGAGAUUGUACAGAAGCGCAUCAGCCCUCUGGAUAUUUUGAUGCGUUACCCAUCAAUCAAGCUGUCGAUAGGUGACUUCCUGGCGAUGCUCCCACCGAUGCGUGUCCGCCAGUAUUCUAUCUCUUCAUCACCCUUGUCCGACCCCUCAGAAUGCUCAAUCACUUUCUCCGUCCUGAACGCACCAGCUCUUUCAGGCAUCUCCGAGCCAGGCAGUGAAAGCCCCGAAGAGUAUCUCGGAGUUGCCUCGAACUACCUGUCCGAGCUGCAACCCGGCGAGCGUGCACAUAUUUCCGUCCGCCCUUCAAUCUCCGGAUUCAAGCCCCCCGUCGACCUCCAAACGCCAAUGAUUAUGGCCUGCGCUGGCAGCGGUCUUGCUCCAUUCCGAGGAUUUGUGAUGGACCGCGCUGAAAGAAUCCGUGGGCGUCGCAGUUCCAUCGACGCCGCUAAUGUCCCCGAAGGCGACAAGCCCGCCAAGGCCGUACUGUAUAUUGGCUGUCGCACGGAGGGUAAGGAUGAUAUUCACUCCGAUGAGCUGGCUGCGUGGGCAGCACAGGGCGCUGUGGAUGUUCGCUGGGCGUUCAGCCGCCCCUCGGAUGGCUCGGCCGGAAAGCAUGUGCAAGACUUGAUGCUUGAGGACCGUAAUGAGCUGGUUGAUUUGUUUGAACAGGGGGCGAACAUCUAUGUCUGUGGUAGUACUGGCGUGGGAAAUGCAGUACGGGAGGCCAGCAAGACGAUGUAUCUGGAUCGCCGUCGUGAGAAGAUUCGCGAGGCGCAGGAGACUGGUCAGCAAUUGGGUCCGGAUGCUGAAUUGGACGAGGAUACUGCCGCAGAGCGAUUCUUCGAUCAGUUGAGGACGAAAGCGCGGUAUGCCACUGAUGUGUUCACUUAA